AUGGAGACCAGCGAGCGCGGCCGCGGCGGCGGGGCUGUCAGCGCGCGCGGCGGCGGCGCGGCCGCGGGGGUCUGCAGGAGGAAGGAGGAGGCCGGUGCCGGGACCCUCGCGGCAGACAUGGACUUGCCUUGUGAUUGUGCUGCCGGAACUCCGGCCUCCGAGCAGCCGUCGGGGAAGAUUAACAAAGCUGCUUUCAAAUUAUUCAAGAAGAGGAAAUCGGGUGGCACCAUGCCCAGCAUAUUUGGGGUCAAAAACAAAGGGGAUGGGAAAGGCGCGGGUCCGCCGGGCAUGGUGAGGAGCAGGACCCACGACGGACUAGCCGAGGUGGUGGUGCUGGAGGGCGGCAGAAAGGAGGAGCCGCGCGGCGGGGGCGACGGCGGCGGUGGCGGGGGUGACCGCGGCGGGGGUCGGCCGAACCCCGGGGGACGCGGGGAGCUCCCCGCCUACGCCUCGCCGCCAACAAAAGCGCGGGCUUCGGAGUGCUUCUUCAGCAGCGUUCGCUGGCACAGGAAGGACAAGCGCGGCAAGGAGGGGGGAGCGGGGCGCCCCUCGGGGGGCCCGGCCGGCCUCGCCCUGCCGGGGUCGCUCACGGCCAGCCUGGAGUGCGUCACGGAGGAAGCGCCCCGACCCGCGUUCGCGCCGGAGAACCCGAGCAGGGACGCGCCGCCAGACCCAGCAGGUGAGCCCGGAGUGGGAGAGCCGGCGCCGGCCUCCGCCGAGCGCCCCGAAGUGCCCCGCGGCCGAGAGGCCGAGAGCCCCGGCGCCCCGACCGCCAGCGGCGCCCCGGGAGAGGACGCCGCGGGGCCCCGGCGCGCCGAGGAUCCCCGGGCACCCCCCGAGCUGGGCGCUGGGCAGGUGCGGACGGCCGAGGAUACCUCCAGGACAGGUGACGUUCCGAUAAAGACCGUCCCCCUUGUCGACUCCGACUGUGGCAGCGGCCGGGCGUCUGCCGUCCCUGACCCUUCCUCUGUUGAUCCGCCCUCAGACCCAUCGACCGAUCGUAUUUGUUUGAUGUUUUCUGACGUGACUUCACUGAAAAGCUUUGACUCUCUUACAGGCUGUGGAGAUAUUAUUGCAGACCAAGAGGACGAGGCAGGGCCCAGCUGUGACAAGCAUGCCCCGGGGACAGGCAAGCCAGGUGUGUCUAAAAAGAACCCCAGCGUGGUGGCCUACCAAGGAGGCGGGGAGGAGAUGGCGAGCCCGGAUGGGGUGGAUGACACCUAUCUGCAGGAAUUCUGGGACAUGCUCUCCCAGACUGAGGACCAAGGACAAGGGGCCCCCGAGGGACUGGCUAAGGCCGCCGCAGCACUGGACGCCAAGGGGGCUCCCGAGACCUCCAAAGACACCCGGGGGGUCGAAGUGGCCAAGGACGUGUCCUCGGUCAAGCGCAGGAGGCUCAACCGCAUUCCCAUUGAGUCGCAGCCCAAGGAGGAACCCAAGCACCUGCAGAAGGAGCAGCAAGAAGGCGUCCCCAACAGUGACGAGGGCUACUGGGAUUCCACCACCCCAGGCCCGGAGGAAGACGGCACAGGCAGCGGGAAGAAGGCGGGCAUCUCCAGGGAUAGCUACAGCGGCGAUGCGCUCUACGAUCUCUACGCGGAUCCGGAUGGAAGCCCGGCAGCCCUUCCUGCCAACGAGGAGGCGUCCUGUGUGUCUAGGUUAAAGCCCGUGUCCCCGGGCUCCAUCACCUGCCCACUGCGAACACCAGGCAGUUUGCUGAAGGACUCUAAAAUCCCCAUCAGCGUCAAGCAUCUCGCCAACCUUCCGUCCAGCCAUCCCGUGGUGCACCAGCAACCAGCCAGGAGCGAGGUGCCCAGAACAAAAAUCCCGGUGUCCAAAGUGCUCGUCCGCAGGGUCAGCAACCGAGGCUUGGCUGGGACCACCAUCCGGGCAGCGGCCUGCCACGACAGUGCCAAAAAGUUGUGAGGUCUCUGAGGCCAAGAUGGAUGGACCACAUGUCAAGGAAUACAACUUUCCCUGGUAACCACUGAAAUAAGUUUUGCUUUUCCUAAAGAAAGGCUUUGAGGACCGUCUCUGCUACAGAGCCUGGACGAGGGUCUUUGUCCCCGCUGGGGCAGGAGACACUAGAGAGGAGAUCCACACUGCACAUGGGCGUCUCCUCCCCAAGAUAAGUCCCUGGGAAU